AUGACGAAAUUCAAAGGUAGAUCCAGUUUGAAACAGUAUAUGCAGCUCAAACCUAUAAAACGAAGAAUAAAGAUUUGGGAGCGCUGUGACUCUAUCACAAUCACUGGAUAUGCCUACGAUUUCAACAUCUAUAGUGGAAAAAACGAGUCAAAUGAUACUGACAAUAGAACACUGGGGGAACGAGUAGUUAUGAAAUUAGCCGAUACGAUUCGUGAACCUAAUGUGGUACUUGCUUUUGACAGAUUUUUUACAAGUGUGCGGCUUCUCACAAUUAUAGAUUAUCCAGCUCUUAGUACAUGUAUUAUGAAUCGGAAAAACGUACCUAAGUUUGAAGGAAAAUUAAAAAGAGGUGAACAUCAAUUUCGCAGUUGUUUAGAUGGAUUGACAGCAGCAAGAUGGCAAGAUAGUAAAGAUUUUGUAGUUAUUAGCAACUGUCAUACAACGAUUGUUGGAGAAAUUACUCGUAAGCAAAAGGAUGGGACAAAAUUGAAAGUGUCUUGCCCAAAUUCUAUUAUUUUUUAUAACCAAAUCAUGGGUGGAGUAGACCUAUCAGACCAGAAAGUGAGUGUGUACGAUUGUAGUCGUAAGUCAACGAAGUGGUGGAAAAAGGUGUUCUUCAAAUUAUUGAUGUCAGCGGUCGUAAAUGCAUGGAUCCCCUACAAUGAAGUAAAUGAAAAUAAAACCUGA